CUACUACAGAAAUACCCGGAUGUUGCAUUCGAAAUCUACUCGGUCUUGGGUGUUGCAGAUUAACCAACCAAUGCUAUGCCUGCAAGUUCCUCAGAAAAUAUAGGGCAAAUUGAGGAGUCAUUGAAGUCCUCCUUGGCUGGGGAGGAGAGCUUGGAUAGUCAACUUCUAUCCUCCUCCAAACAAGUCCUCUUGCAUAAGAUUGAUUUCAAACCAGCAGAGAAGCCAUAUUCUCUGCAAGUGGACUCUUUGAGAGCUAAAUAUAUACCUCUGAAUCAGUUCAAAAAAUAUUCUACUGAGCAGAAUGGCAGUAAUAAACAGAAAGAAGGUUCCAGAAUGAAUGGAGAAGGAGACGGAGACUCCCUACCGACACCUAAAGUUGUUCUGUAUCCAGAGGAGAAGGUUCAGUUAGAAUGGAGGAAGAUGCAGAAAAUCGGGGCAGGUUUGGUGAACAUGGGAAACACCUGCUUCCUAAACUCCACCCUCCAGUGCCUCACAUACACAGCUCCUCUUGUUAACUUCUGCCUUAGCAACGAACACAGUACCACAUGCAAACAAGCAGGAUUUUGCAUGAUGUGUGAGCUCCAGCGCCAUGUUAAGCGUUGCUAUGAAAACUCAGGAAAUGCCAUCAAACCACAAUCUGUAUUACAGAAACUGAGAAUGAUAGCCAAACACAUGCACUGGGGUCGUCAGGAAGAUGCUCACGAGUUCCUGAGAUAUGUGGUGGAUGCCAUGCAGCGGUCAUGCCUCAAUGGACAUAACAAAUUGGACAAAUUCAGCAAGGAAACUACAGUUGUAAACCAAAUAUUUGGAGGAUUUCUCAGAAGUCAAGUCCAGUGUAUGCGAUGUAAGGAGAUGUCAAAUACCUAUGACCCAUUUCUGGAUGUCAGCUUGGAUAUUAAGGCUGUGCAGACCCUUGAGAAAGCUUUAGAAAAAUAUGUGCAUCCCGAGACCUUAGACAAUGACAAUGCAUACAUGUGUACUAAAUGCAAACAGAAAGUUCCUGCUCACAAAAGAUUUUCCAUUCACAAGGCACCAAACAUAUUGACAAUCUCAUUGAAAAGGUUUGACUACAACAGAUUGAUGGGUAAAGUAAGCCGCCACAUUCAGUUUCCUGAGAAACUUAACCUUCGUCCAUACAUGAGCUAUAGACAAGGAGAGAAGGUGAUGUACCAGCUGUAUGCUGUACUGGUCCAUUCUGGUUUCAGCUGUAACUCCGGUCAUUACUACUGCUAUGUGAAAUCACCUAGUCAGAUCUGGUACUGCAUGAAUGACUCAAUGGUUCAACAAGUCAGUGCCACACGUGUGUUGUCCUGUGAGGCAUAUUUGCUGUUUUACAUUAAAUCCAAGCCUUCACUCAUGUCAUCAAAAUCUAUCCCAAGGCCCUUGAACAAUAAGACCCCUGUCAUUGGCCCUAGUCUGCCUCCAAACCAUACCAUCAACAACAAGAAAUUCAGAGUCAAUGGAGUAAUCAGUGGGCCUAGCAAUGACCUGGGAUCUAGUGUGGCUAGAAAACACCACAGUUCCUCAUCAUUGUCCUCAUCAACUCAGGUGCAUAAGUCCACUUCAGAACCCUCUUUAAGUACUCCCUUACCUGAUAAACGGGAUCGUGUAGCAUUUGGCAUCAAACCUCAAACCUAUGUCAAACAGCAAAGUGCAACAGAGGAUAAGCCAAGAAUUGUCAUGCAAAUCAAAAAUGGCAAAGUUACCACAUUUGAAAAGUCGCCAAAUGGUAAAUCAAAGAUAGUGAAAGAUUCGGAUCAGGUGAAGUCACUGUUAGUACCAUACGGUGAUGACAGUGAGUCAGAUUCUGAAAAUACAAAUAGCGCCACUAAAGGUAAGAAAACAGAAACUAAAUCAUCUAGUGUGAAAAAGGAAGACAAGAAGUUUGGACUGCCUUUGUUUUCCCAGAAAAAUAUCAGAAGACAUUUGGAUGACUCUGCUGUUGUUUUUGAUAAGAAACUAAAUGCCACUACUUCCGUACCAGGAAAUGCAAAUCUGUUGGACACCAAAGGCCAUGGUGGUGAAGACAGUAAAAACCAUCGCCUUGAUGGCCUCAAUCUAAUGGUAAGUCCUUCAAAGGAUCUGACAUUACAGUUCAGUGAUAAGUCAGCUUUCAGCCCAGGGAAACGGAUUCUUGGUGAUAAUCCUAGUAUAUCUUGUGUGACUAACCUGGUGCCUGCAGGGAGUUCAAAGGUGAAUUCCACCACUAACUGGCAAGUAUUUAACCAGGACUCGGCUCCCAGUCCCUCGGUUGGUUCAUCUUCCAGUCGUGACAGUGUGAACUCCACCACAGAAUGGACAGUGAUGGGCAACAAGGACAUGACAGUGUACCCCAAAGUGCCCGAGAGACAGUUUCCUGGCUGGAAGGUACAGGGGAAUGAAAAAGUGUGGGAAGAGGGCAAUAACAAAUCCUCUCUGUCUUCUCCUGACACCAGGCGUGCUUCAGAGGAGUGUGCUGAGGGACUUAGAACAGUGUGUGAUAAAUCUGAUGAUAAAUGUACGACUGAAACACAAUCCAAUUCUAGUUCUGACAUGGUGUCUUCUAAAUCUUCCACCAUGAACCAGAUCAGCGAGGCGAUGGACGACAAAUCAGUCGAUAUAUCAGAUAAACAGAGCCUCCUUUCUGAAAGCUUGAGUGUGUGCUCAGAUGGGAAACAAUCUAUACAGAAAAAACAUAAAAAACACAAGAAACACAAAAAGGAACACAAAGACUUUAAGUACCAAGAACUUGUGCAUGACAGCGACAGCUCUGGUCGGGUCAAAAAACACAAGAAAAAGAAGCACAAAUUAAAGAAAGAAUUAAAAUCUACAGAUCAUGGUAUAGAUAAGAAAAGGUUCAUUAAUGGAGAGAAGGAGGAAGAGGAGAAAGGACCUCACAAGAAGUCUGAGAGUGAGUCUGAGGACAGCGAGGAGUUUGUAUGGGUUGAGAAGACUAAAGAUUCUUUUAAAGGCCCCUGUGGAGACGACAAGACAAGUGAAAACAAAGUUCCUGUGCAAAGCUGGGAUCACCAUAUCAAAGAUGGUUAUAAGCGGCCCAAUAAUGGCCCAAGUGGGGAUGCUAAAUCUGGUCAGUACUGGGACGGCACAAAGAAGGCACGCGUGGCAGAUGAGCUGGAAAAAUCAUCUAACCAUGUGUAUGGCUCAUCAGUGGUAUCCUGGAAUGGUGGCAAAAGUUCUUUGGACUUGGAGGCUGACCGUGAGAGAGAAAGGAAGCGUGCCUGGUCGGAUGCCUAUGAUGAAGAAUUUGACAGAGGAAAAGUGAAGAAAGUAAAAAAGAAUUAUGCUGACUUUAAUUUCUUGCCCAAUAACAACUUCCAAAAGAUGCAAGAUGAUCGCAACCAGGAUAGGAACAGAUGGAAGGGAUCACAUGAGGGGAGCUCCCACUAUAACAAUGGUUACAACAACGGCACCAACGGGUCUCACCACAAAUCUUCCAACGGUCCUCACUUCCAUAGCUAUCAUAGCGAACAUCGACACAGAGACAACAACCGCAGCUACUUCCAGCACACUGGUCACUCAUCAUCAGCCAAGUAUCACAAGCACUGAUAGCAAGAUUACACUUAGCCUUGUAUUGAUCUUGAAUUAACUAUGGAUUGGUCUUCUGCAGAGCUGCACCAGCCUUUGCUUCAGUUUGUUCUUGGCCAAAAUUGUACCAGAUUUUGCCUUGAAUUGGUCUCGAGCAAGGUCCUACAAGACUGGAUUGGUUUCGGACAAAGUCCUGUCAGACUGGAUUGGUCACAGACAAAGUCCUACCAGACUGGAUUGGUCUUGAGUAAAGUCCUACCAGACUGGAUUGGUCUCGGACAAAGUCCUGUCAGACUGGAUUGGUCUUGAACAAAGUCCUACCAGACUGGAUUGGUCACAGACAAAAUCCUACCAGACUGGAUUGGUUUCAGACAAAGUCCUACCAGACUGGAUUGGUCACAGACAAAGUCCUACCAGACUGGAUUAGUUUCAGACAAAGUCCUACCAGACUGGAUUGGUUUCAGACAAAGUCCUAACAGACUGGAUUGGUCUCAGACAAAGUCCUACCAGACUGGAUUGGUCACAGACAAAGUCCUACCAGACUGGAUUAGUUUCAGACAAUAUCCUACCAGACUGGAUUGGUCACAGACAAAAUCCUAACAGACUGGAUUGGUCUCAGACAAAGUCCUACCAGACUGGAUUGGUCACAGACAAAAUCCUGACAGACUGGAUUGAUCUCAGACAAAGUCCUACCAGACUGGAUUGGUCUCGGACAAAGUCCUACCAGACUGGAUUGGUCACAGACAAAGUCCUUCCAGACUGAAAUGGUCACAGACAAAAUCCUACCAGACUGGAUUGGUCACAGACAAAUACCUUCCAGAAUGGAUUGGUUGUGAGAAAAGUCCUACCAGACUGGAUUGGUCACAGACAAAGUCCUUCCAGACUUGAUUGGUCUCGAGCAAAGUCCUACCAGAUUGGAUUGGUUUCAGACAAAGUCCUACCAGACUGGAUUGGUCUCAGACAAAGUCCUACCAGACUGGAUUGGUCUCUAAGACAAGUUUGCCUAGGAUUGGUCUCAAUUCUUGGAAAAUUUUCAAAUCAGAUUUUGUCACAGAAUCUUGCGAUUUUUGUUGUUCAGAUGCUUUGUUUUUUGUUCACUGAAUUGAAAAAUGUUGGACAUGAAUGCUUGGUGAAUAGGACAGAAUGUGUACAGUUAUCUCCUUAAGGGAAGUAGUACCUGUAGAGGGCAUUUGUAGAUUGAUUGGGAAAAGUGCAAAUAGUUACUGAUUGUCCGGUGUUUGGCCGUGGGAUGGACGACUGCAGAGCAGUUUGUGUACUGGCUUUUAAUACAAAGGAUGUGAUGAUUAUAAAUAUUUGUAUUUGAAGAAUAUAUGAUAAGCAUGUGUGAUUUACUCAGUCAAGUAAGUUUUAAAAAAUGUGUAAAUGUUAUUGCUUACAGUUAAUUAUUUAUACUGAACUGAAAAGUUUGAAAUAUAUUUUAGAGUUUGUUGAUAAACAAGUACUGGUGUGAGUAAGAAAGGAUCCAUUUUGAUGUCUGCUGAGCUAUGUAAGGCAACGCUUCAUUAUAGUUUUGUGUUAAAACUUGUGUCAAUUUGUGCUACUUAAACACUCUGUUGUAGGUGUCCAAAUACUACUGUUACCCGCCUCUAGACAAAUACUACUGUUACCCGCCUCUAGACAAAUACUACUGUUACCCGACUCUGGACAAAUACUACUGUUACCCGACUCUAGACAAAUACUACUGUUACCCGCCUCUAGACAAAUACUACUGUUACCCGACUCUAGACAAAUACUACUGUUACCCGACUCUGGACACUACUGUUACUCUGGUUUAUCAUGGUUCAGUCCAAUCUAGCGUUACCUUUGUUAAAGCAUUGUUUUAACUUCCUUAUAUAAGCACUAGGAUGGUAUAUAUUAUGUAUGUGAUUUGUCAUCUUAAGCCAUAAAAAAGCUAAAUCUAAACUAUUGCUGAUGAUACAUAUUUGUUAUCCAUUGAAAACAGUGCAGCAACAAAAAUAUGUGCAGUAAUUUUGCUGUUCUUGUGUUCAUUUCAAAUCAGAAAGACUUGUAGUAUUUAAAAUCAUGUAUUUUCAUGUUUAUGGAAUAACAAUUGUUUUAAAUGAGCCAAUGAGAUCAUGAUAUAUGCUAUGUAUAUUUUUAACAUUGCAGUAAUUUUACAGGGAUUACUGUUGUUUAACCUUGAUUUAUCAAAUUACUCUGGAUGUAUUGAUACUCUAUAAUACAGCUGGACACUUUUAUAAAACAGUCCUUGUCAUUUGUUAAAGGGUUUUCCUUUUUGAGUGAAAAAGUACCAAGUGAUAAGGACACUGAAAUUCUACCAACAUAGGUAUUCAUCACAUGAGUUUUAAACUUGUCGAACAUUUUUUUGUAGGAAAGGAAACAUCGUGAAUAAGGUUUUGAAGGUAUUUUAUAUAAAAUAUGUUCUGUUUGAUUUUACCAUCAGUACAUUUGUUUUCGUUUUGUUUACACCAAAAUGUCAUCCAUAACUGGUCUGAGAUCCAACUUCAGAAAAUCUUUGUCAAAAGAGUGAAAUGUCUGUCCAGCAUUACACAAGACAAAUAGAGUAGAACAAAUAUUGGCUAGAUGUUGUAUUCAUAUACUACAAAAUUAAUAAGUAUUCUCAAUGAAUUGAUUUUAUAAAACAGAAUAUCCAUGUAAAAUAUUCAAAUUAUGUCAUAUCCUUUUGAUGAACUGGAUAAUUUGUUUCUCUUGCGGAACAUUGUAAACCUGCAAUGAGAAGAGUCGGGUAUUUAAUCUGAUCAAUGGAAUGGUAGUUCUGAUGAAAUUAAUAGCAUUCCUAAACAUCUGACUUUAGAGUCAAAUAAACAAUGUUUUGUUUUGUAUUGGACACAUUAGAGAGCGUGUGACAUGUUGUAACACAAUUCCCCCUCCUAAGUGCUUCUAUUUAUAGAAACCAUAACUCAUCCUCUUGGUCCUCAUAACAUCCUUCAUCUUCUAUCAUUCAAGGUUAGUUUCAGGGUGCCAAUCAUCUUCUAUCACUCGAGGCUAGUUGUAGAGUGCCAAUCAUCUUCUAUCACUCAAGGCUAGUUGUAGGGUGCCAAUCAUCUUCUAUCAUUCAAGGUUAGUUUCAGGGUGCCAAUCAUCUAUCACUCGAGGCUAGUUGUAGGGUGCCAAUCAUCUUCUAUCACUCAAGGCUAGUUGUAGGAUGCCAAUCAUCUUCUAUCACUCGAGGCUAGUUGUAGGGUGCCAAUCAUCUUCUAUCCCCUUUAUUAAGCCCGAUUGAAUACUCAGGAACAUAAAGGAUAGAAAAAAACGAUAAUUUUUAAUCAUAUUUCAGAUAAAAUUUUAUGAUUUGUUUGUUCUUUGAAACAUCAAAAUUGGCCAAUGAAAGAUUGAUUUAUAUUUCAGAAAAUAUAUGGUCUAGUUGUGCUAGCCACUUGAUUGUGUAUGGACUAUAGCAAUAGCAGGUGUAACGUGUCAUGGUAACAGUGUUCUAUAUAGAUAUUACAAGUAAUACGUGUGUAACCGGCAAAACCUGUCUGCCAUCAUAUCCAUGUAAUGAUGUUGAUAUUUGAUAUAGAUGUUUGCUCUUUGAAAAUGAAUGAGAAAGAACAUGUAAUUCUAGAUUGUUUACAUGCUACGUGUAUCAUUCAUGUUUUGAAAUUACUGAGUUUAUGUUAUCCAUUCAAAUCCCUAUGUCUAUAUUGGAUAAUACACAUUAUACUUUAACGGAAUAGAUACUCAUUGUUUUAGGGUUGUUUCUUGUUUGAUUACAUGGGAUAAUUCAGUCUUAAAAUAAUGCUAAUACCUGGAGCCUGUGUUUACAAGUCUCUCAUAAGACACUAGGGGCUUGUGCAAGACUAAUGUUAAAAUAUAGUCUGUCAUUGAAAGUUCAUUUUCAUGGACAAUGUUUGAAAUAAAAUCUUUCUGGAUGAAAUAUUUAUUAUACAAAGUAUAGGUAUUUUUUAUUUGUCUGAAUUUGAUUAAUUCAGUAAUUACAUACAGAAAAAUAUCUUUGUGUGGCGGAUCAUUACACGUACGCACAGGCAAUGUUAAUCUGGUAAAUGAAACAAACACCUCUGGGUAGUUUCGUUGUUUUAACCUUAAGUACAAAUUGAAACAUAAAGUAAUGAUCAGAUAUACAUUUUACUUCAAUGGUAUAAAAUCACAUACUGUAGCGGUAUAGAUACACAUAAGAUGUCAAUAAAUGCAAUGGGAGAGGAUUCUUCCGUCAUGAU